UGCCUGAGAGUGGUUUUUUCAGUGAAUAUGAUGCUUGCGAAAUAUUUGCUUUUUCAGCUGUCUGAUCCUUUUCUUCACCUCUACCUUUUCCUGAUAAAAUGCGACUCCUUAUAAGCCUCGGGCAAAUGGGAACCUAUCAAAGUGUUUCAUAUCUUGUGUUCUUUUUGUUAAUAUGAACGGAAAUAUCAGGUUACCAACCACAAUCGUUUUUCAGCAUUAGAGAAAGUUAAAUAAGCGGUAUUGCCAUCUGUUACUGCAAAAGGUCUAGAUAUUGAAGUGUAGUAAGGAAAAUGGUCUUGAUUUUGUCAAUUGAACAGUUGAUUCAAGUCUAGAUUUUCUCUAUGAUUUUCUAAACAAAUGUAAACAGUUUUCAAAAGUGAACUUUAAGAUUAUAUUUAAUGCUGAAAGGUAAACCGAAAACUUAAAAAGCACAAGAUCAAAUGGGACAGAAAGAUUGUUCAAAUCUCCAGGUAAGUAAACAACCUACACGUGUACUUUUGGGACACAAUAUUAUUAUGUCUAGAUGCUGCUCCUUUUCUUCGUAGAUGCAAUUCUUAUCCAGGAUAAACUGGUAAAGAGGGAUAAAUUGUCUUUAUGCGCACUUGUUUCUAUUUGGUUUAGUCUUUCAUGAUUGUCAAACAUUUUUUUGACAAUAGUAACCCAAGUAUUGGUGACAACUGCAGCCUGUACAUAAGUGGAUGGUUCGUCACAUUUAUUUCCCAUGCUUAAGGAAUGGCAUACCUAAGGGGGUUGCGAUGUUGAUUUCUUUCUUUGUAUCUGCUGUUUUCCACGAGCUGUGUAUUGCUGUUCCUUGUCGACUAUUCAAGUUUUGGGCUUUCCUUGGAAUCAUGUUUCAGAUUCCGUUGGUCAUACUCACGAACUUCUUGCAAAACAAGUUCAAGAACUCAAAUGUGGGCAACAUGACAUUCUGGUGCUUUUUCUGCAUUCUUGGUCAACCAAUGUGUGUGCUUCUCUAUUAUCAUGAUGUGAUGAACAGAAAAGGUACUGCAAGUUAAGCUUCAUCAGAAUAUUAUGUUGGACGAGUGAGUGUUGCAGCUUUGAACUGUCAAGUGCUAAGCUAGUCCGAUGGAAGGAACAUUGGCCAACAACUGCACCAAUUGCUAUUGCCACGAGUAAGUUCCUGACUAGGAAUUCUUCUUGUUGUUCUUAUCAGCUGAAAUGGACUCGCAUAACGUGAAUAUUCUUUGUUAUAAUGUAACACUAGGGACUUGAGCAGAAUUGCUGCUCUGUGCCAUAUUUUUCUGUUACCACUAUACAAAUGUAUACUAUUCUUGUUUAAUGUAAGUAAACCAUGAAUUCAUGAUGGGAUGGAGUCUUUGAAAUUUCUCUA